CGAUUGUAGGCCACGACGAGAGGUGACUGACGCGUGGGGCCACCUUGUUGCUCGGUUGGAGCGAGCCAAAUCCGGCGGUCGGCGGCCACCGUCGAUCUCACUCUAUCCCUUCCCCUCGUCUUCGUCGCCACCGCCGCCGCCGCCGCCGCCAUGCUCCGCCUCCGAAGCCGCAUCCUCGCCCACCUCCUCUUUUCUCCCGCCACCUCUCCCCACCGCUCCCCUCAUCCAGCCGCCUCGCACUCCACACUCCGCCGCCUCCUCCUCUCCGCGGCCGUUCCCCCACGCACCGGAUUCGCGGUACAUGAGUACCUCGUCGAGACCUGCGGCCUCACCGAAGCCCAGGCACUCAAGGCCUCGGCGAAGCUCUCCCACCUCAAGUCCCCCUCCAAGCCAGACGCCGUCCUCGCCUUCCUCGCAGGCCUCGGCCUCUCCACCGCCGACAUCGCCGCCGUCGUCCCCAGGGACCCGCGGUUUCUCUGCGCCGGCGUUGAGAGAACCCUGGCCCCCAACGUCCUAGGGCUCGCCGGCCUCGGCCUGUCACGCUCGCAGAUCGCGCGCCUCGUCUCGCUCGUCCCCGGCGUAUUCCGCCGUAGAUCCAUCGCCUCCAACCUACCAUACUACCAGUCUUUCUUCGGCUCCUACGAGAACCUCCUCCGGGUGCUCAACCGGAACAACUCUCUCCUGGGAUGCAGCCUCGACAAGGUGGUCAAGCCCAAUGUCGCCUUCCUGCGGGAGUGCGGGCUAGGUGAUUGUGAUAUCACCAAGCUGUGCUACAAGAACACGGGGAUUCUUAGCAAUAACCCGGAGCGCGCCCGGGCGAUGGCGGCACGUGCGGAAGGUUUAGGCGUGCCCCGCAGCUCUGGAAUGUUCAGAGAAGCGCUGAUGGCUGUUGCAACCAUGAGUCAGGAGAUGAUUGCCGCCAAAGUGAAUUACCUCAAGAACACAUUCAGGUGGUCAGAAGCUGAGGUGUCCAUUGCUGUUCGUCGUUCUCCGAUGGUGCUGGUGAGGUCUAAGAACAUGCUGCAGAGCAAAUCAGAGUUCCUUAUCUCUGAGUUGAGAUUGGAACCGGUAAACAUUGCUCAUCGACCAGUAAUGCUUGGGCUCAGCCUGGAGGGCCGGCUCAGGCCCCGACACUAUGUUAUGAGGUUUCUUAAGGCAAAUGGAUUGCUAGACUGCGACAGGAGCUACUUUUCUGCAGUCAUGGUGACCGAGAAGGUAUUCGUGGAGAAGUACAUAUGCCCUCACAAGGAAGUGGCACCACACCUUGCUGAAGACUAUGCUGACGCUUGCAGAGGGCAAGUGCCAACUAGAUUUAGAAUUGCAUGAACCAAGAAUGGGCUAUGAGAAUCGGUAACUGUGUAUGGUGCAAAAAAGUUUAUGCUCUUAGUAGUGAGCUGAUGAAUUUUCAUGGCUACGGGUGGACAGUGGCGAAGGGGGCAGGCCCGUGAGAGGGCAGGGUGGAGAGCGGGGUAGCCAGCUGAGCUGGGAAAUCUUGCUGUCGCAGGUCGCCUUCUGUGGCUGCAGCCAAGGGUUGCCGUCGCCUUGGUGGCCGAUGGGGAGCUCGACCAGUUCCCAGCAGGCAGGUAAGAGAAUAGACGAGCAGAUGCAAGGAUAUGAUGCAUGGAGGGCGUUGGCUAACCACAGUCGUGUUGGUAUCGAUUUGCUAUGUUGUCUCAAGACUGCCCCUGCCCCUUGUGUUAAGGGUAGAUAUGCGAUGAACCCACUGGUAAACUACCUGAUCCUCAAGUUCUGGGAGGAGUCUACUCCUCUUGCGCAUCAGUGUGAUGAGUUUUCGUGAGCUCAUGGGGGACCAAGGCGAGGUUGGCCUCCUGGAGUUCUUCCGGAGCGGGCGGGCGCAUAUGUUUCCAUGGCCAAUAAUCCAUGGAAACAAGGCAAGGAAAUCCUGGAAAAUGGUUGUCCGUGGGAGUACCGGCCCUGGAGGGGGUGAAGUUUGCAACUUGAAACACGGGGCAGAUGUCUCUUUCGAUUGCCCCGUUUUUCUGCAGUGGAGGUGGUCAGCUGAGCUUUGUUUCUGCGGAGAAGUGGAUUGAUUGUAUUCUGAUGCAAGCUGCGGUGUCUGUCUGACUCUGUUGCUGGCCGUUCCCUUGCGAUGGUCUGUCAAAUUUGAGGCCUAAUCAGCUGGUAUUUUGCUUGCCGUGUAACCUGCGUUAUCAGUUUCCCUGUCCAUCUACGGUCCUUGAACAACUUCAUUUGCGGCAACAUGUUUCAUUGCUUUUCCAUGUAAGAUUUGCCUGCUGUAUCUAUCAGCAAACAAACUUGAAUAAAAUUCACCACUCGCCAGCAAA